UGCUCGAGACUUUUCUCUUUUUGCUCGGGGGGCUGGAGCUGGUGGAGAGACCGGGGAUCGGGAUCGGGAGAGACCGGGGAUCGGGGCCUGGCGGAGACGCGGUGAGAAAGAGUGAGGACAAGCGCCGCGCUGAGGAAUAUCAACGCCGUGUGUUUAUCGUCCCUCAAGUAGACUGGGGCCUGCUGCUGAGCUAAAGAAUGAAUUGGAAUAAGGGAGGCAGUGGAGCAAAGAGAGGAUUUGGUUUUGGUGGUUUUGCCAUUACGCCUGGGAAGAAAGAAGAACCAAAGCUCCCGAAGGCAGCACACUCUGUAUUCGGUCCGCUGGGUCCAUCAGGAGGUUAUGGAAAAACACAGCCUGCUCAAACACCCUGUUUCUAUAAAGUGGGCUCUAAACGGCCAAACUUCGAUGAAGAAAAUGCGUAUUUUGAAGAUGAUGAUGAAGAUGACAGUUCAGCAAACGUCGACUUGCCUUACAUCCCUGCAGAAAAUUCUCCAACCAGGCAACAAUUCGCUUCUAAGGCUGAUGACUCUGAAGACAGUGAGGAAGAUCCAUUGGAUGCAUACAUGGCAGAAGUGGAGGACCAGGCAGCAAAAGAUAUAAGAAGACUUGAUGAAAAGGAGUUUGAGAAGAAAAAUGCGAAGGGUAUAAGGGAUGACAUUGAAGAGGAAGAUGACCAUGAAGCCUAUUUUCGGUACAUGGCUGAAAAUCCUAAUGCUGGUGUGAUUCAAGAGGAGGAGGAUGAUAUUGAAUAUGACAGUGACGGUAAUCCCAUACCUCCACAAAAGAAAGUGAUUGAUCCAUUGCCUCCUAUUGACCACUCGGAGAUCGAGUACCAGCCAUUUGAGAAGAAUUUCUACAUUGAACACGAAGACUUGGUGAAACUUUCACUCAUACCAUUAGCUGAACUCCGGCAGAAACUGAACUUGAGAGUCUCUGGUGCUGACCCUCCAAAACCUUGCAGUAGUUUUGCUCACUUCGGCUUUGAUGAGCAGCUGAUGCACCAGAUCCGAAAGUCUGAAUACACACAGCCAACGCCAAUACAGUGUCAGGGCGUCCCCAUUGCGCUGAGUGGGAGAGACAUGAUCGGCAUUGCCAAAACUGGGAGUGGUAAAACUGCAGCCUUUAUCUGGCCAAUGCUGAUUCACAUCAUGGAUCAAAAGGAGCUGGAGCCAGGGGAUGGGCCUAUUGGUGUGAUUGUUUGCCCAACCAGAGAACUCUGUCAGCAGAUUCAUUCUGAGUGUCGGAAGUUUGGAAAAGCCUACAACCUGAGGUCAGUGGCCGUUUAUGGCGGAGGCAGCAUGUGGGAACAGGCAAAGGCUCUACAAGAAGGGGCAGAAAUCGUUGUUUGCACACCGGGUCGGUUGAUAGAUCAUGUGAAAAAGAAAGCCACCAAUCUCCAGAGAGUGACCUACUUGGUGUUUGAUGAAGCUGACAGAAUGUUUGACAUGGGCUUUGAAUAUCAGGUCCGAUCGUUAGCAAAUCAUGUCCGUCCAGACAGACAGACUCUGCUAUUUAGUGCUACUUUCCGGAAGAAGAUCGAGAGGCUGGCUCGAGACAUUCUCAUUGACCCUAUUCGAGUUGUACAAGGUGACAUAGGAGAGGCAAAUGAGGAUAUUACUCAGAUUGUGGAGAUUCUCAUGGCUGGUCCUGACAAGUGGAACUGGCUCACAAGGAGGCUGGUAGAGUUGACAUCUAGAGGUAGUGUCCUGAUCUUUGUGACCAAGAAAGCUAACAGCGAUGAACUUGCUGCCAAUCUAAAUCAGGAAGGUUACACUGUUGGUCUGUUGCACGGCGAUAUGGAUCAAAGCGAAAGAAACAAAGUCAUCUCUGACUUCAAGAAGAAGUCAAUUCCUGUUCUCGUGGCUACAGAUGUAGCAGCUCGUGGUUUGGAUAUUCCAUCCAUUAAAACGGUGAUCAAUUAUGAUGUGGCUCGUGAUAUUGAUACACACACUCACAGGAUUGGUCGUACUGGCAGAGCAGGAGAGAAAGGUGUGGCCUAUACAUUGAUGACCAACAAAGACAGCAAUUUCGCUGGGGAUCUCGUUCGCAAUUUGGAAGGGGCCAACCAGUAUGUUUCCAAAGAACUGUUGGAUCUGGCUAUGCAGAACCCAUGGUUUCGAAAAUCUCGUUACAAAGCUGGGAAAGGGAAGAGAAUGAAUAUCGGAGGAGGAGGACUAGGCUACAGAGAACGUCCAGGGCUGGGCUCAGACAUCUCAGACAAAACACCUGGCAAUGUGCUGUCUAAUUAUGAAGCAUACAAACCAUCCACAGGAGCAAUGGGAGACAGAAUGUCAGCUAUGAAAGCAGCAUUCCAGUCACAAUACAAAUCACACUUUGUUGCAGCCACUGGUAGUGCUCCUAAGAUCACAGGCUCUGCUGCUGGUACCAGCAACUGGACUAGUGCUGGGAGUCUCAGCAUUAUCCCUACCUGUCCUCUGGGCAACCCAAUCACCAACCAGCCCCCAGCCCCCAGCAGUAACAGUGGAGGUAGUGGACGGAAUAAAGACAGCAGCAGUCGUCCUGCUGAGAUCAAGGUCAGUCGUCUUGUUGAUGGCGGCUCUAGCCGUUUUGAAGGCAGCAGUCGCCAUAGUGACAACUUCAGCCGUCAUAGCGACAGUGGCAGCCGCCACAGUGACAGCAGCAGUCGUCAUGGUGAUUCCAGCAGCCGCCAUUCUGUUAGCAAGUACAAUGAUCGCGGAGGUGACAGGCACAGUGACCGGGGCAGUGAGAGGCAUAGUGACCGGGGUGGUGAUCGGAACAGCGAAAGGCACGUUGACCGCAGUGACAGCCGGCAUGGUGACCGGCGCAGUGACAGCCGGCACGGCGAUAGGCACAGCGAAAGUCGAAGUAGUGACAGCCGGCACAGUGAGGCCAGAAGUGGCAGCCAAAACCGGAGUGGUGGGGAGAGCGGGAGUGUGAACGAGACCGGGAGCAGUGGGGAGAACAGGAGCACCAACGAGAGCAGGAAUGGAGACAGCAGAAGUAGUAAUCGGACCAGUUCCGCUGAGAAUGACGGCUUUGCUGUGCCAGAACCACCUCCCAGAAAGAAGAGGAGCAGAUGGGACAAUUAAACCCCAGCAUUUGUGUUCCACAUGUUCUCUUGCAGACACAAAGAUGCUUACACUUUGAAUCUCUGUUAGAAACUACAAUGCAUAGUUUUAUCUGCAUAACCAUCGAUACAAAAAAGGGACACUACAAAAUGGAUUUUUAUUUAGAGUAGUGAACUAUGUAUCUUGUAUGUUAGUGCUGGUCUUUGAAAUGGAAAGUGGUCAUUGGGAGUUUUUCAAAUUGUCAAAUACUUUCAAUAUAUAUCUGUUUCACUUGUUUUGCCUUUGCUCUGCUCUCUUUGUGAAACAGUAAAGUCAUCUCAAAUGUU